AUGGCGGCAGCGAUCGACGAAGAAAUCAAUUCGCUUCUCUCUUCCUUCGAUCACAUUUACGAGUAUUUAUUUAUUUUUCUGAAGGAUUUCAAGAACGGUAUCACGGAAAUUCAAACUCUGAGAUCAAAUUUGAAUGCAGAGAUUAAGAAAACAGAAGCACUCGAGUUCACUUGCAAAUCUCUUAAUCAAGAAAAUGAGAGACUUAGGAAGCUGUACACAGGAUCUUUGAACAAUCUAGCUGAAGAGCUUGAGCGCCGUACGAAAUGUGUAAGCUUGAAUGAGGAGCUAAAAAGAUUGAGGGAUGAGCUGAUUAAUAAAGAGGAUGAGCAUAAAAAGGCAGUGGAAUUGCUUAAGAAAGACUACACGACUAAGGUUGGAGAAUUAGAGGACCAAAUCAGAGGGUUUCUACUUGGGAAGGAAACAAAUGAAGCAACUGUGACUCACCUCCGCCAAGAUUUAGCAGCGCAUAAAGCUCAUAUGCAAACUCUAGCAAACAGGUUGGACCGUGUAGCUUUCGAGGUGGAAUCAAAAUAUCAUCUUGAGCUUCAGGAUCUGAAGGAUUGCCUCAUGAUUGAACAAGAAGAGAAAAAUGAGUUGAAUAAGAAACUCCAGGGUUUGGAAAAGGAAUUGCUGAUUAGCAAAACAAAGCGGGUUGAACAGCAGCAAGAUUUGGCUUCCAGUCGACUUGUUGAAACACUAAAACAGAAGAUUAUGAAGCUGAGAAAGGAGAAUGAGAUCCUGAAAAGGAAGCUUUCUCAUUCAGAGGAGGGCUAAAGGAUGGUAACUGAAACUUAGAAUAGAUUUCUGCUUGUUAGAAUUGAACUUUACCAUGACAAGCAGUAGGGCAUCUAGCAUUUGGUGCACAAUAUAAAUGAAUCAGAGAUCCUAUGCCUUUCAAGUUCCUGCCAGGUUCAGCAAACAUUGAGAACCUUCAUUACUGUUUCAAGUAUGUUUACUUCCUAAUAAACCGCUUCUGGCACUUUGACUAAA